AUCUGGCUGAUUUAAUGUAUAAAAUAUGUUCCAAAAUUCAUGAGUUUCCCGAACUUUUGAAUAUUUUCUUUCAUGAUACUCAUUGGCUUACGACACCGCAAAAAGCUUAUCCAAAAAAAGAAUCAGAAAAUACCGCAAGCUUCUCAUCAAAUAGUAGUCAAGAUGGGAAUUUAGACGAUGGUUCCGCAUCUGCAAAUAGUACAAUGAAUUCAACCUCUGCAAAAACAACAGAGUUCACUAAAGAACCAGAAAAGCGAGAAUACAAGUUUUUACUAUUUUCAUAUCUGCUUCAUUUUCUUCAUAGAGAAGACAAAACCGGUGAAUAUGCUAGAUAUGGCUUGCUUUUUAUUAUUGAGCUCAAAGAUGAGCAAUUAGGUGAAUUUAUUCUUGAGAGUGACUUUGCAACGAUCAUGGCUGCCGGAUUGGGCGCGUUAUAUUCACAAUUACCACGUAAAUUGAUGGUAAAAAGUUCGAGUGGUGGGUUGACUAAUGCCACUUUGUUAGGAUUCGGUGGUGAUAAUACAAGUGCUGAGUUAGAGAGACUGGCUUCAAAUGGAAUUGAAGUUUCUUCUUCGCGCGUAUUCAAACAUCAACUUGAUUCAUUUUUGAAGUUACUGGAAUUUUGUCAGGACGUAUUAAAUAUAUGUCCAAAUGUGGAUAUAUCUUUGGCCUUACUUCAAAAUGUUAAAAAUAUUUUUCUUGAAAAUAUUUUAUAUCCGUCGAUUUUGGAAUGUUCUGAUACGGAUGGUUCCGCCGUUGCGGUUAUUUCUUAUAUUGACAUUAUCAUGCAGACAUUGAAGCAAGAAGAAUUGGUUGACGUGGUGGUAGGUUUUUUAAUGGAUUCUGACGGUGAUGAUGAAGACUUUUGGAAACAACCGAUUGCCAAUAAAAUUGCAAAACGUCAAAGUACAAUAAAUCUGUUCGAGGGUAUUGAUUCUAAUACAAUCAAGUCUCCUCCCUAUUUCACAGCAAUCGGUCGGUUUACUCUCAAGGAUUUAAUAUUUUCACGUUUGCGAUCCUCAUCUCAACAAACCGUCAUUGCGACUUUAAAACUUCUUUAUACUGUUAUUUCUAAGCAUUGUCGAUAUUCUUUGAAAUUAUUGAACAUAGAAUUGGACGAAAAUGCUACAUGCUUUCCUAGACCAAAUUAUUUGUACGAGGAUUCAUGCUGUAGUGAGACGCAUGGAUCAAGCUUUGCCCAACCAAAAUUAACAACAAUUAGUCAUCAUUUGAAAGAACUUGACCAUUUCUUUUCCUUAAUAGCUGCCAUUGAUCCAACUCCUCAAAACAUGGAAAUUUUUACGAAUGGAUAUGAUUCCUAUGUCCGUGAUGCAGAAAUGAUUAUAGAGGCGGAUCCGUGUUAUAUCAAUGGUCUAGACGUAGAAUGGACUGAAGAUGGUCCCACUAGACCAAAUUCAAAGAAAUCUGGUAGACAACGAUUCUUAACUUAUAGCCAAGGCAAAAAUGGCAAAAAGGGGGCAUCCAAAGGCAUGUCGGCAGUUCCGAAGCAUCGUCUAAACCCGACUGAUCGAUUAAAUCCGGGUGAUUCGCUCUUACAAAUUCUCCUUGGGACUUUAACAAAUUUCUUUGCUCAUUCACCAGAGUUAAACUUAGUUCUAACCGGUGUUCUUUCCGCUCUGGCUGUUUGUCCUUAUAGAUCGCUAGAAGGUUGGCUUGUAUUUAGCGGUACUGAUAGAUUAGAUAGUCGGCGAGAUAUCCGACGAGAUUCUCACAUAAGAGACUUCGAAAGUUUACAACCUGGUGCAAAAAAUCUAGAAAUACCUCUCGGAAUAUCUAAUAAUGAAAAUAACGCUGUUGCUGAAGGAGAUGACAAACCUAUUAACGAAUUUGAUGAAGAUGAUGAUCGUUCAAUUGAUUUUGACGCAGACAGAUGUCCAUCUGCUACAAAGGCUAUCGGGGCUACUCCGAGAUGGACUAGUUAUCCUCAAUUUUUCACUAUCUUUAAAACAUUGACUCAACAAGUCGAUUACUACCGCAGCGAAAUUGAAGGGUUUGAUCAAUAUCUUAAAGAAAGGAGGAGUGGCCUGUUAGAUGCUGAUGAUGAAAUUGAUGAAAAUUUCUUUAAGCAGCCUUAUCCCACACGCACACCUACUAGAAGAAGCAGUACUUCUAAUCAUUCAGGCUCUGGCAUCUCGACUAAUACUAAUGCAAAAAAUAGAAAAAUGACAGGACAUAAAACACCAAAAAGAGCUGAAUCAAACAACAAUUUAAAUUCGCAGAUCAGUUCCUUAACUUUCAGGCAGAAGGAAACAAAACCUAAAGAGAUCACUUUAAGUACGCUCCUCAACAAUGUUGUUAUUCUAGAGGAAGCUAUUAAAGAAUUGGUCGCUAUUGUACAAGUAAGGAGAAGUCUAGGCGUUGACGAA